GUUUGGAAUUCAUUUGACUGUUAUUGCGUGCUGGACACAAUUAUUCAUGCUUCUCUUCUUCGUCGCAUAGUGUCUGUACAGUUAUAAAUUCCAUUGGGCUACUAUGGGUCCUAUCGUUCUUCAGGGCUUCCCUCUUCUUCUUCCCUUCCUUUACCCUCCUCACCCCGUCCAGCCGUGAACUCCAAACACUGUCAUGUCCCACAUCGAUGAGAAAUCGUACCCUCUGGACAAGGAGAAAGGUGCAGAUGAAGUCUAUGUGACCGGUAAUCCUGUUGCCAGUAACAAGUAUCACUUUGACGAGCAUGAUCUUGACGGAGUUCAACGGCGUCUUGGGCAGCGUCACGUACAGAUGAUUGCCAUCGCAGGUACAAUCGGUACGGGUCUUUUCCUCGGUUCAGGGAAAGCCAUCGAGCGUGCAGGACCUCUUGGUGCUUUGCUUGCCUACCUGUUCAUUGGAUCAAUCUCGUAUUCGACCUUGUGUAGUCUGGGAGAGAUGACUUCGUUUGCGCCUAUUUCUGGGUCUUUCCCUCAUUUUGCUGCGCGAUGGGUGGAUCCUGCUUUCGGUUUUGCUACUGGCUGGAACUACUUCUACACACAAGCCAUCUCCGUUCCCGUCGAAGUCUCCGCUGCCCAAAUCAUCCUCACUUUCUGGGAUCCUAACACAAAGCACUUCUCUGCCUACAUAACCGUCAUCUCCCUCUGUGUCAUCCUCGUCAACCUCUUCGGCGUACGUUGGUUCGGCGAAUCCGAAUUCGUCUUCUCCAUCAUCAAACUUUCUCUCAUCACGGGUCUCAUCAUCGCUGGAUUGAUCAUCGAUCUCGGUGGUGGGCCUGAUCAUGAUAGAAUUGGAUUCAGAUAUUGGAAACAUCCAGGUGCGAUGAAUACGUACCUUGAACCUGGUGGAUUAGGACGAUUCUUGGCGAUAUUGGGUACACUCGUUCAAGCUGCUUUCUCGUACCAAGGUGUGGAACUCGUUGCGAUCGCCGCGAGCGAGACACGGUCUCCACGUCGAAACAUUCGAAAGGCCGUUCGGAGGGUGUUCUAUCGAAUAAUCAUCUUUUAUGUUUUGGGGAUAUUGAUCACGGGCAUGAUCGUCCCCUUUGAUGAUAAGAACUUGUUGAGCGAUGUGGGGAAUGCGGCGGAGUCUCCGUACGUAAUUGCGAUUCGUCGGGCUGGCAUUCGCGGGUUGCCACAUGUGAUCAAUGCGUGUGUCUUUACGAGCGCGUUCUCCGCUGGGAAUUCGUUCCUUUACACAUCAUCGAGAAUCCUUUAUGGGUUGGCGCUGAGAGGGCAAGCACCGAGGUUUUUUGCGCACACGACGUCGAGGGGUUUGCCGCUUUAUGCUGUGUUGGCCUCUGGUUGUUUCCCGUUUUUGGCGUUUUUGACGGUGAGCAACGGAGCGAAUACGGUGUUUAAUUGGUUCGUGAACCUAUCGACUGUGGGAGGGUUCUUUGCAUGGUUGGCGAUCAACUCGACUUACAUUGGAUUCUGGCGAGGGUUGCGCGCGCAAGGGAUCGAUCGAACCAAGUUUGUCUAUUGGUCACCAUUCCAACCUUACUUGGCGAUAUGGGGUACCUUUUGGUUAUCGAUCUUGAUCUUGAUCAAUGGGUUUGCGGUGUUUUGGAGUUUCAAUGCGUCUGAUUUUUUGACGAGUUAUAUUAACGUGCCGUUGGCGGUGAUCUUGUUCGUGGGGUACAAAUGGCCUGAGGAGAUGGAUUUCGUGACGGGGAUUCCGAGUCUGAGUGAGACGGAGGAAGAGGAGAUUCCGCCGAAGAAUUUGGGGGAGAAGAUCGCGGCGGUUUUGUUCUAGAUGAUGAACUAACUACUAUCCUAACACAUGUGAUAGUGGUACUGAUCUUGGGCUGGAUUGGGGGCUGGCUGAUGUGCAUCCAGAGUGCUUGGCCAGUAUUCUCGAUCUUGUAUUGAUGUUUCAUAUUUUUUUGAAUUCGACAACGUGCAUGGCUCUCCCUCGAUCUCGACCACUUCGGAUUCCAAGUUGUGGCAUUUCGGUGACUUUCCAAGUGGAUCGAUAAUUCAGUGAUAGGAUCAAUUCACCUGAUAUUUUACAACUGGACCAGAUUCGCAUGAAACCAUUUAGCUUUGUGCUUGUGAUCCUACCACUGCUUGUCAGGAAGCUCUGUGUCGGGGAUUGCUUGGGUUGCGAACAGCGAGACUUCGGAAAACUC